AUGGUUGCCAGGAACAGACCGUUUUCAUCUCUGAGUCAUUACUUCCCUACUGAGAACAUGAAGAAGAUAUUGGGCCUUUGCUGGUUCUCCAUAGCCAUGGUCUGUGAAACCCAUGCGAGAGUCACUAAUGACUUUAGCAAUUGCCUGAAGUAUUUCUAUGGAGGUCAUGUCCCCAAAGGCUAUGACGGAAUUGCCUUGCCUGAUGGUUUUGAUCACCCAGAUUUACCAGAUUGGAUAAAACAACACCCAGAAGACGUGGUAUCUCCAGCGUACAUAUGUCAAACUGAUGGAAAUUCUUACUUUGCCACCUUGUAUGACAGAGGUAGACGCAUCCCUCUGUAUUCUGCCUACAUCAUGGAAAGGAGACCAAACUCUCCUCCAGCGCAAUGUGAUAGAAGCCGCUCAUUCAAAUUAGAACCUCAGCUAAUUUAUCGAGAGCUCACAGCAAACAUGAAGUUGGCCGGUGAGUUAACAAAGGAAAUAAAGAAUUUUAACAAGGAACAUGCCAUUGAUCAGCGUAAACGUCAAAACACACCAAGCGAUCUUAUUCCUAAAAGUCAGACUGUCAAAGAGGACUAUAAAAAUACCAAGUAUCAGAAGGGGCAUUUGAAUCCCUGUGGACAUCAUGUGACAGAGGCUAACUACCAGGCAACAUUCACUUUAACAAAUGUUGUGCCAAUGACGCCAGCGUUAAAUAACGUAAUUUGGAGUGCAUAUGAGAACCAGAUGGUCACAGAGUCUAAUGGCUGUACAACCAUGUAUGUAAUUACAGGCAUUGUCCCAGGUAAUAACAAACUCAACAAUCGCGUUACUAUCCCCUCUCAUGUGUGGAACGCUUACUGCUGUGUAGAUAACAAUGAUAAGCCAAUAAAAUCCGGAGCUGCACUCGCUAAUAAUGACAAUCUGAUUGAACAGAAUGCCAUGGAACAUCUUGGAAUUAGUGACCUUGAAACCAAACUGAAGACACUGCUACGUGCUUCAAACGAUAUUGUCUUAUUUCAUAACUGUAAGCCCGGGAACAUGUAGAGCUGGCUAUUCUACUAUAUCGUUGUCUAUAAACAAUAUGAUGAUAUGACGGCCAAUUAUGUAAUCAGCUAAUCAGUAUUUGUAUUUCUAGAGACUUGUGUAUGUACUCUGGAUAAUCACUGCUUAGCUUAUCUAUAAAAUGUUCUUAAGAAGUAAUUUAAAUAUAUCACACUUAUACAAUAAAAGCUAUAUUGCAUGUGCUAGAGCAUAACUUAGUCAGUCAGAUGAUGCUCAGACGGCUUACACAAUUCACAACUCUUUCUAUUAAUGACUUAGGGGCUAAUUCAGCUUGGAUCACACAAGUGACCCUAAACGCAAUUUUUCCGAUAAUCGCGACCAUCAGUUGUAAUUUUGAUUCCAGGUUGCGAUGUGGUUGCAUAGCUGCGAUUGUAAAUACAGCAAGGAGAUGUGUAUACACCUUCUACUGCAUUUGCAACGCUAUGGAUUGCAUUUGCAAGUCUGCUGAGAGCAGCUUUGUAAUUGCAAUCCAUGCUGAGUUUGUCCCUUAGUAUGAGGAUUGCUGAGACCAUGCACACUGCUGACUGCUAUUACAUAUAACAAGCUUUUCUUAAAUCUGUAUCAUAGGACUUAUUUGUCGCCCCCCCCCCCCCCUCCUUACAGACAGGGAGGUUUCUGUCCUCCCUGAGCACGCCUUAUUACACCAGCAUUACAGUUUGACAGGUGUACCGCCCCAGUCAAACUCCCCACCUGCCACUGUCCCCGGAGCGGGUUGCGUGCCGGCCGGGUGAAGUAUAUCCAAUUCUCAUACCUGCCCUAGAUGCGCCAGGGAGGAGGCUGACCUUUGUCACUUUCGGUGGGAGUGUCCAAUGGUCCAGGGAUUCUGGGGGCGGCAAAACUCAACCCCUAUUCAUUUUCAAUGCUGUAGGGGGAACGUACUUUUAUUUUUCAAAUGGACAGGGUGGAGACAAUGUUUGAUAAGGAGAAGGCGGCCUCUUCUUGUUUUGAUAUCUGGGAAAGUUUUAUUGCAACUUUGCCAACCUCAACGCAAUCCAGAUCUAGUAUAGCAUGCGUCUGACACAGUUGUACAAAACUCGCAUUCUACUGAGUGAUCCUCCCCAUUACGUUUCCCAACGGAUGAGUGCCAGGUACCCUAUUCUUUUACCUUUGUUUUUAAUUGUGUUUCACUUACAUUUAUAUCCAAGCAUUAUGCACGUAUUGUAUUCUACACAAGACUUGAGUUAUAUGAAUGCCUAUAUAUUAUUAUGGUUGCCCAUGUAAGUGUGCUGGGAUCUGUUUUGUCGUAUGUUGUUUAUUACGAUGUGGAAAGUUUUUUCUGCUUAACUCAUGCCUAUAUCUUGCCAAAUUGUUUGUGUUUUUUC